AUGACUAGGGUCCCUUUCGGAGCAGCAUCAAGUCCCUUUCUGCUUGCCGCCACGAUACGCCAUCAUUUAGCGUCGUGUCGGGAAAAAUUUCCUGUGACAGUGUCCCUCCUGGAGAAGGCGUUUUACGUGGAUGACCUCAUCCUUGGGGUGUCCACGGCGGAACAAGCCAUGACUGUAUACCAGGAAACACGUGCCAUAUUCGCUGACGCCUGCAUGGAGUUACGGAAAUGGGCAUCGAACUCCGACCUACUAAAGCAACAGUUUAUCCAAGAUAACGUGGCCAUUGAGACUGAAGCAGGAGAUGACCAUCUCGUGAAGGUUUUGGGCGUGCCGUGGGAGCGUAAAGGCGAUACCAUCGCGUGGACAAUGCGCAACGCAGCCUCCUUCGCCGCAAACAGACCGGCCACCAAGCGCACGAUCCUUCAAACCGUAGCCAGCGUUUACGAUCCGUUUGGCUAUCUCUCCCCAUUCACCGUGAAAGGGAAGCUAAUUUUCCAGGACCUGUGGAAGCGGAAGCACUCCUGGGAUGAGACGCUGCCAGAUGAAGUACAAGCUGCAUGGAACGCGUGGUGCACCGAGUUGCCAGAUGUCCAGGCACAGGUUCCUCGCUACGUGUUUCUGCACGACUGCAGCGUAGAGCUGGCAUUUGAACUGCACAUAUUUACUGAUGCCAGUCCAAAGGCUUAUAGUGCGUGUAUCUACGUUCGGGCGCUUUCUGCCGACGGGGCAUGCGUCACCCGAUUGCUCAUCAGCUGA